AUGUCGUCAGAUCCUGGUGAUUUAAACGUAUUAACACCUGGGCAUUUCCUGGUCGGUGGCCCUUUAAUGUUGCCUCCUGAACCUGACCACUCGACAGUUCCUCAAAACCGAUUGCGCAGAUUCAAGCUUAUGCAAGCACAAUUUCAAAUAUUUUGGAAGCGAUGGCUGUCAGAGUACCUGCCCCAAUGUCAAAGGAAGGGAAAAUGGCUAAAAAGAACUCGAAGUGCUGUGGUCGGCGACAUUGCAAUAUUAAAAAACGAAUUGUUACCACCGUUACAAUGGCCUCUGGUCCGGAUAACAGAGAUUCAUCCAGGGCGAGACGGUAUUGUUAGAGCAGUCACUGUGCGCAACUCUGCGGGUCAAUUAUUCAGCCGUCCAGUGGUGAAGCUGGCAUUUCUACCAACACCUGAAGAUGAGAAUCAGGAUACAGCUGUCUAG